GAAAUAGAAACAGCAUUCGAUCUUUGAAGGAAAAAUUAAACUGAAACGGAUAUCGUAAAUUAUUGCAUGGUAAAGAUUUAUUUGAAAUAAGAUCCCUCAUCUGCUCUCUGACCACGGCAUCAUGAUUUUAAAAAUAAUAUAAGAGGAGGACAAAACUUGAGAUAUGUGUAUUCUGCUUUAUGGUGAGCUACCCACCCAACAUGAUUCAACCGAUGUUGCUUUUCUUUCUUUUCGUCGGCAUUGCUAAUGCCAAUGACUCAUGUGACCGGAAAGAGAUGGAAGACACAAUUUGUAGUCUUUAUGGACAAAGAAAAGGAAAUCAACCAACUGGAAUUGGUCACCAAAUUGCGUUUUAUGCAUAUAUGUCGAGUAACAUUCAGAUGAAUACACUAUCCAAGCAUAAAAUAUUUGUUUAUGAUCGUGUUGAGACGAACCUUGGAAACGGAUAUGACGCCAAAUCGGGAAAGUUUGUCGUUCCAGAGAGUGGGGUCUACGUUAUACACACAACAACCGUUUCAUACGAUAAAUCUGCCAGCGUAAUAGAACUAGUUAAGCAUGGAGUCGUAAAAGAUAUCGCAUUCGCUGACUCGGGUAACCAUGAGGAUAGGGAUUCCUCUUCUACAUUGACCAUACUGAAUUUAAAGAAAGGAGAUGUAAUGUAUACAAGAGUCGGGUCCUGGCAUGGAGGAAAAUAUCUAGAGAGCAACAUUUAUGGCCGAAUGAGUUUCUCUGGAUUUAAACUCAUGUAAUAUAAGUUCUCUAGAAUAAAUGGGAAUGUCU